UCACAAAGAACGUCAUGUUUUCUUAAGGCCCCAACAAAUCCACCACCACCUGUGCCACAGCAAAAAGUUGUGCCUCCAGCGAAACUUGUUAACAGUGGUUUGAACAGUUCGGCUACACAAAAUGAUGGCAGCGUCAAGUCAGGAGAAGGCCUUUCUAAUGAUUCUCGACCUCUGCAGCUGAACGGACAAGUUGGAUUUGAUUCGCUUCCGCAUCAGCUUGUGCGGAAAUGUACUGAACAGGGAUUCCAGUUCAACUUAAUGUGCGUUGGUGAGACAGGUAUGGGGAAGAGCACGCUUAUUGAGUCUUUAUUCAACAUGACGCUUGAGUUUCCUCCUUGCAACAACGAAUUAAAAACGGUCGAGCUUCAUUCGAAGACUUACGAUGUGACAGAAGGAGGUAUUCAUUUGAAGCUGACUAUCGUCGAAACAGCUGGUUUUGGCGACCAAUUGGAUAAAGAUAAAAGCGCAGAAGUCAUAGUAAACUUCAUCAAUGAACAGUUUGAGAAGUAUCUGAAGGAGGAAUUGAAGGUCAAGCGUUGUCUUGAAUACUACGAUGAUACUCGUAUUCAUGCGUGUUUGUACUUUAUUUCUCCAACAGGACAUGGGCUUAAAGCUCUCGAUGUAGUGACUAUGAAGCGACUUUCGGAGCGAGUAAAUGUGAUUCCGAUAAUAGCCAAGGCAGACACGGCCUGCAAGGAUGAGCUUUCUCGUUUCAAAAGCAAGAUCCUUAGUGAGCUUCGAAGCAACAACAUAGCGAUAUACCAGUUUCCAACCGAUGACGAAACUGUACGUGCAGUUAACACAGAGUUGAACCAGUUGUUACCUUAUGCUGUCGUGGGAAGUACUGAUUUUGUAAAGAAAGAUAAUGGAAAGUUAUAUCGAGCAAGAAGGUAUCCGUGGGGCAUCGUGGAAGUAGAAAAUGAAGAUCACUGCGAUUUUGUGAAAUUGCGGGAGGCUGUGCUGCGUACUAACGUUGAUGCCCUCCGAGAAAGAACUCACAAAGUACUGUACGAAAGUUAUCGCCGAGAAAGAUUGCGAUCAAUGAAAGUCGGGGAUGGUGACACCGGCCCGAAAUUGCUUGAAGCUUUUGCCCAAAAACAAAAAGAAUUUGCUGACGAAAUGGCUGAAAAGGAAAAGGUGAUGCGAGAUCAAUUUAUUGCUCGAGUUAGCCGGAAGGAAGAAGAAAUGAAAAAACGCGAGGAACUUUUAAACAAGCGAGCUAAGGAAAUAAAGGAUACGUUUGAGAACGAAAUGAAGCAAAUUGAGUCACAGAUAAACUCUCUCAUGGAGGAAAAAAUGAAGCUAGAAAAUAAAAUCAACAAGAAAGCGCGGAAAUAA